UUUACAUUGAUUCCAACGAAAACACCAUCUCAAAAGAAUUUCUUAGCUUGAUAUGCGGAAAACAAACUUUUCAGUUUUAAAUUGAACCGCAACCUAUAAAAACGCUUGCAGCCGACACAUCCUGCAGGAAAAUGUAUAGUUUGUCAGGCCACCCUGGUUGGCUGAUCAACGCGCUAGACACUUCCUGUUCCUCUUGUUUUAACAUCCACUGGAAGAAGUACCAUUAUACGGAGGAUUGAUAAGUCCAUCCAGCUACUUCCACAGAAAGCAAAAAGAUCGAACAACUGAGACAACUAAGUUAUUUUGUAUCCGCGAGCCUGGGGGAAUAAUUUUUGUCAUCUGAGGGGAAAAGUUAUCAAUGUCGGGUGAGGACCAAGUUGAUGAUCAAGUGGAAGAAACUUCAGAACACGUUUCCAGGAAGCUAGACAGUUUAAGUCCGACCACCGAGAUGGAUUACGAAAGAGAACCACGCUACAAGAACAUCAUUCAUUUGUGGGAGUUUUUACUGGAACUUCUGGCAUACGGUGACGAAUGCCGUUCAAUGAUAGCUUGGGUCAGGGAGGAACACGGAGAGUUUAAACUGAAAAACAAGGACGAGGUUGCAAAGAAAUGGGGUGCAUACAAAAAGAUAAAAGGCAUGAACUACGAAAAGCUCAGUAGAGCUUUGCGGCACUAUUAUCCUAAAGGUAUCAUUAAAAAGGUCCCUGGCCAGCGGCUGGUGUACAAGUUUAACAAGUUACCCUACAAGUACGAACCUGGCGUCACCAGAUCCCUGUAUCACGGACACAGGAUUAAGGCAUGCCUCCAGCAGCAAAAACGAGUCGAGACUACGCCUCCCCAGAGAGACACUGGUGGGUUGCCGUCUGCAUUUACCCCCGUCAGUACCCCUCUCAGGAAGAGCUGGACCUGGCCGCUCUUGCCUACGCCUUCGCGUCCGAUGUUGUGGUGUCCAGGCCCCGUGAUUCACACUCCAUCAAGCUCUGAUUGCUCUAAGACGAGGAUUAUGUUCCCAAUUACAGUCGAUCCGAUGACGUCGUAUGCAUUGCCGUUUGGCUUUAAGCAGGAACGUGUGUCUCCUGUGUUUUACAAGGCAACGCCCGAAACUAAGGCAAUCCCUGUCUCUGUAAUCAAGCGAGUUUAAUCAGUGAAAACUUCUAACAUAUAUUUCUUGCUUUCACGUGAUAAUUAUCGCUACGCUGUGCCCAGUUAUCUUUUUUAAAAAAUCAUUUUUGUAGUCUAUGAUGGAUGAAAGCCCUAUAUUUUAUGUGACCAUUGUGGUCUGAGAAGUGCUUAUAUGUAGUGCUAUGUACAAUGAUGCUGUACAAGGUGGUUCUAACUUUUAAGUCUGUGAAUAAAACCCUAGGGUGUGACCAUUCAAAUGAAAGCUACUGAGCAGUACUUUCACGUGGCACUGUUUAUCAUGACUUAAAACUAAAGGUAGUUUUUAACUUUUUAAGUCUGGAUGAAACCCUAGAGCAUGACCAUUCGAGUGAAAGUAUUGUGCAGUUCUUUUAGAUAGUACUGUUUAUUAUGUUGUACAAGUGAGCUUCAGCUUUUAAGCCUGUGGAUAGAACCCAACCUUGUGACCACUCAAAUGCUAAAAGUAGUACUUUCAUGCUGUAAUGUUUUUUAGUGUACAAGGUGAUAUAUAAUUCAAUAAAUAAUACCAAUUCUUCAUAUCAGAGGGAAUGCAGGAAUAUGCAGAAAUGUUUCACGAUGUACUGAGUUAAGUUUUACUAUCUUAUUUAACUGUUUGGAUUCAAUUCAUACCUAGCAUAGGGGGUCAUAGCUCCUUCUCUACACAAGUUGUGUGCUAACGGGACGAAGUGUAAAAACGUUGAGUCGCGAGGAUCGCCCCAUGAUAUCAUCUAAAACAUCUGAUGUUGUCCUGUUAUGUCCCCUUAGAUCUUGUGUCUUUUAUGUUUCCGAAAAACUAAUUCCAAAUAAAUUCGAUUUUAUGAUUCAUCA